ACUUUGCAGAAUUAAAUAAAAAAGAAUUAUGUCUUCCUACCUACUAGACUAUAUAACUUUAACGGGGGCAAAAGGUAGCAACACGCCCAAUAUUAUUAUCCCAGAAUUUCUUUAUUUGGGUGAUGCAAAAACUGCUCGUUGGUUUCCGCACCUUUUAUCUAAUAAAAUAACUCACGUUAUCAAUUUAUCUGGUGGUUCGAAUUAUUGGGAAACUGAAGAAAAAAUAUUAAAGUUUUUGGAUCAACAAAAAAAACAAAUUAAAGAUUCAGAGCAGUCUUUGAAAAAAAGUAAUGACUCAUCAAAUGAGAGUAAUGAAAUCGGGGAUAAAGUGAUAGAUAAUGGAAUUGUUGUUAUUGGUAAAGCGGUAGAUAAUAAAUUUAUUGAUAAAGCGGUAGAAAAUGAAAUUAAUGAUAAAGUGGUAGAUAAUGAAAUCGUUCCUCUCAGGUAUCUCAAGAUAAAUAUUACGGACGACCCAUCGUCCAAUAUAUCUAAACAUUUUCAUGAAUGUAUUGAUUUUAUCGAGAACGCAAAGUCAACAAACGGUCGUGUCUAUGUUCAUUGUCUAGCUGGAAUAAGCCGAUCUACAUCGAUCGUAAUUGCCUACCUGAUGAAUUCACAAAAAAUACAUUAUAAUCAAGCAUUUAAUUUAGUUAAAGAGAAGAGACCAAAUGUGAAACCCAAUCAGGGAUUUGUGGAGCAAUUGCGAAAAUUUGAAAAGACAGUUGUGGCACACCAUC